AUGAGCAGGCGGACGAAUUGGCUCUCUCGGUUCCAUCUACACCGCCGCAGUGUCAGCGACUACAGACACGGCAGGUGCUUCGUCACAGGCAUUGCGGCGCACGUCUACUCGCCUGCUACAGCACCGAGCGGCGCCCCGUCGGCCAGCACCACUUUGUCCUCUGCUGGAUUCGGCCUUUGGCCCUCAGCAGCCCCUGACGCGUACGAGCCAGUUGAGUUCACGUCGCAACUAUACAUUCGGUACCGAAGCAGCGAUAUCUUCGGAAUCGCUCGUGGCUUCGCUGGAUAUGUCAAGGGAGGCGACCGACUUGUCGAUGCGCAGAUUAGAGGACCAGUGGGCGAGAAAUGGCUCCUGGAGCUGCUGAUUCCCACGAGUCACCAGCUGGUCCUAUUUUCAGGCAUCGACGCUGCGAAAGCUCGCAAAGACGACUUGCAUUGGGCCGAAUAG